AGUCAACUGACUAGCAAUAACCGUGCCUUCAAAUAUCUACUACAGUACUAUUAAGACGGAAUAUAGCAGAAUAAAUUUAGCAAGGCAGGCAGCAGGUACGGUACGUAGGUUUUAGGCUCAAAAAUGGCGGCAAACAGACUGCAGCUAUUCGUCAGCAGAUUAUCAUUUUACACCACACAAAAAGAUUUACAGAGGCUUUUUUCACCUUUUGGCCCAAUCACUGAAGCUAGACUUGUUAUUGAUCCAAGAACUCAAAGGCCUAAAGGGUUUGGUUUUGUUACAUUUGAAUCACAUAUUGAUGCUCAUAAUGCAGUGAAAGCCAUCAAUGGCAAGAUUGUUGAUGGUAGGUUGAUCUUUGUGGAAGUUGCGAAGACUAAAACAACUGGAGAAGACGAAGCCAAUCUUAAAUAGAACCAUUUUCUCGCAAUUGCUGAAUAUAUUUGCGGAAAAUGUGUGCCAAGUUGAAAAAUGAGAACGAAGGAUUAAUGCAGAGCUUCUAAUACUUCAGCCACAAUCAUUGGGUGAGGACAUGAGAUGCUUAUGUACUUGUUACAGUAACCAUCAGUCAAAUCAUUACAGAAAAUAGCUUUAUGUGUAUCUUUUAUUUACCUUUCAUGCCUAGAUGUCAAACAAUGUUGGGUCUCAAAAUCUUGAAAUGAACAUGACCCUCUAAUUAAACAAAAUUAAUGUAAUUUGAGGAUGAAGCAUUCGGUUCUUGACCCAU